AUGUUGAAUCUUCAAAAACGAAUCAGUGGUGUAGACGAAGAAAAGGCAUAUUUAGGUACUCGUAUAUCUAUUAGAGACAAAUUACUUUCUCAAGAAUUAAAAGAAUUGGAAUCAAGUCUGAAAAAGGUGCCUUCGUGUAGACUGCAUUUUCCUUCAACAUCGGCAUUACAUCAUAUGGAACUUACUGUUAGUCCAGUUGAAGGCAUUUAUCAGGGUGGUGUAUUCAAAUUUGUGAUCACUGUACCUCCUGAAUAUAACAAUGUUCCACCUGUAGUGAAAUGUUUGACUCGUGUUUGGCAUCCAAAUAUUACAGAAGAAGGUGCCAUAUGUCUGUCUCUUUUACGACAGAAUAGUAUAGAUGGAUAUGGCUGGAUGCCAACUCGUCGACUUAUCGAUGUAGUGUUAGGCUUGGAUAGUCUUUUCACUGAUUUAAUUGAUUUCGAUGAUGCUUUAAAUGCUGCGGCUGCACAACAGUGGUCUACCAAUAAGGAGGCGUAUAUCACAAAAGUUCGUGAAUAUAUCAUGCGUUUUUGUUCGUAA